CCUGCAUACAUCAAUCCCCCCUUCAAUACCCACCACUUCUACUCCGUGCUCGAGAUGACAAUGCCCCCGCCGAUUGCUCAUAACCUCAUGAAUGCGACGCGCGCGCUUCUUGUCGACCGGCUGGGGCGCGUGAAGAGGGAGGCGCUGACAUCGAAGGAUCUUGAAGUGCAAGCGUAUCUAUUCAAGGCUGCACUGUCUGAGCUACGGACGGAGACCACCAUGUUGACGCGAAAUGAAGCGGCGGCGGUACGGACGGCCACCACUGCGGUCAGGCGGGAGGUGGACGCUCUGGACGUCCGAAUGAGGGAAGACGUAGCCACCCUGAAGCAUGACAUUCAGAUGGAGCUGGAUAGCAGGAAAAAUGAGACCAAGGACGACCUCAAGCGGCUCGAUCUGCAGAUUGAGGAGGUACUGAGCAAAUCACUCGUAACGUUGUACGACCUACGUACAGAAAUGGAGGGCGUCCGCUGGGACAACUUGCGAAAUUCCGUCGCCGCCCUCAGUGGUUUCCUCGUCGUUAUCGUUUUGUCUAUGGAAUUGUUGGGAAUCCGCCAGCCUUCAACUAAAGCAAAGCCAAGUCCCCCA